AUAAAUAACAUAUAGCGUGUUAUAGUAUAACUCCGCUCCACGCUCUUCUGUGGGUGAACCGAAUCGUGGGGGCCGUAAGCUCGAAGAAACGCCCAGAAGGGAAAUGUCUAACUUGGACGGCACGUUCCCUAAAGAGCCAGCCCCGUCAGCACCACCGGCGGCCGACGCUGCGCCGCCGCCUCGUGGUGGGGCAUCUGGGUUCGGCGUCUCGGCCGUCGUGAGAAGGUGGAGGAGGGACGAUCUGGUGAGGAAGGGGUCCCUGGCCCUGAGGGGGCUUGCCUUACUCUUCUCGGUCCUCGCCUCGGUGAUCAUGGCGACUAACAGGCACGGCGGGUGGAAGAAUUUCGACAAGUACGAGGAGUUCAGAUACCUACUUGCUAUAGCGAUUCUGGCGACACUGUACACAGCACUUCAGGCCUUCAGGCACUUCCGCCAGCUGUCCACCGGAAAACAUAUGUUUCAGCAACGGACCUCCGCUCUGGUCAACUUUUCCGGCGAUCAGGUUGUGGCAUACCUUUUGAUAUCAGCGGCGUCGACAGCAGUUCCCAUGACAAACAGGAUGAGAGACAACGUGGAUAACUUAUUUACAGACUGCUUAGCAGCGUCCAUAAGUAUGGCCUUCCUCGCCUUCUUCUCUCUGGCGUUAUCUGCUCUCAUCUCUGGGUACAAACUCGCUACAGAGUCUUACAUCUAGUCCAAGACAUCCUUUAAACUCUCAAUUCAUCUGAAUGUUGUGGGUGUUGUUUCGUAUCAUAUUUAUUUGUAUAGAUGCAAUGUGGUAUAUAUCAUUUGUAAAUCUGUUUAUUCUAUCGACUCGGAUGAUUGAGGCUUUUGCUUUAUGACUCUGUCUGUCGCAUUGUAUAAUUACUAAUGUAUGUCGGGCUUUUGGAGGA